GUCGAGGAGGUCAGCUUGCUGCUCAACCUUCGGCACAAGCACGUGGUGCAGGCGUAUGGCGUGAGCGAGACGGGCGCGCUCGUCAUGGAGCUGUGCGGUCUCGGGACGCUCGAGGCGCUCCUCUCGUCGGGAUCUCCCUUCUCCGAUUCGGCAAUGGCGCGCGGGGUCGCUCAGGGUAUCGCCUACAUCCACUCGCAGAAGGUCUUUCACUGCGACCUCAAGCCGAGCAACAUCCUCGUCACGGAGGGCUUGGAGCCCAAGUUAGCAGACUUUGGC